AUGUUCUCUACUAUUUCUGACGUUCAAUUUUUGUCACCUCAACUACUACAACGUAGAACUACUGCAGAAAUAUGUACACAAAAUUUUUCCUCACUUCCAAACGACUCAUAUGCGAUGUCAUCAAAUCAAGAUUACAAAGAUUCUAAAAUACAGUCUUCAGCUAGCUCAACUCCAAUAAUUACUACUUCAACAGAAUCAAAAGAACAAAAUGAUACUAUACAACGUUCCACAGAAUUACAAUUUAUGGAACAACAAUUAAUCAUGUCCGACCAGCAAUCCACUUCAUCUUCUUCGGAACAAGUUGUUCCAAUCCUUCCCAACGAUAAAGGUUCUCGAACGGAUUUCGAUCAUAUACCUAACGAAUCCUACGCAAACAUUAAUAUGGAAACCGUUAACCCGCACCCGCAUUCAUUGAAUUAUGAUGAGAAUCAAAUGCGACUAUUAUCAUUAGAACGACAGAAACAAAUUUAUUUCGUUCCAUCACAGUAUGAUUAUGAUGGUAUAAAGUACAUCAUAGAUCAAACGAUAUCAUGA